AUGUCUGAUGAUGGAUCUAAUGUGAAUGCUGAGACAACUUCAAAAAUCUCUGAAGGUGUUGUACUUCGUGAACACAGUAAUGAGAACCUGCUAAAGUUUGACACACAUGAUAAGUAUUCAACAACGUCUGCCAUGAAGAAGUUGAUCAUGAAGGAACUUCCUCCACCCAAGACAAAUGCUCCCCCAGAGCCAUUAUUCAACGGUCUUUUGCGUAUGGGCAAGAAUCCCAAUACCCCACUCUUAUUUAUGGCUUUUCAAACACCCGAAGAUAGUGCCGCUGCGGCGGAGCUCCUUCGCGGUAUGCAGUUCCGCGGUAAGAAGCAAUGGCGUGAAGUGCCGGUAACGCAGCGGGAUCUGCAACUCACACAUAAGGGCGCCAGUAAAAAGCGGCCGCGUGAGGAGGUGGCUGCGGGGCAAAGUAAAGUAUCGCAGUGGGAGGGAUACAGCAUGGAGGAACAACUCACACGGAAGAAAGAACAUUGCAUGCAGGUAACACGAGUAAUUGCUCCCACCAAUGUACCGAAAGAGCAAGUUUUUACAGGCAUUCACCCCAGCCCACAACAGUGUGGUUAUCGCAAUCAUGUUCAGCUAUCGUUUGGCUAUACAGAAAGUGGAAAACCUUCUAUUGGUUUUCUCAAGGGUGCUAUGGUUGAGGGAACUUGUGCUAUUGACUCAGUAUUGGAGAAAGAUAUAAUAACGAUGCACCCACUCGCCAAGGUGGUGGCAUCUGCUGUGUUGUCAGUCUAUGAUGAAUUCGCAUCACCUGAAAAGGGUGGUUUGGAAGUGUUUGAUAAGAUGAAACAGCGGGGAUUCUGGCGAAAGCUUCAGGUACGUCAUAAUGUACUUGGUGAAGUCAUGAUAGAUAUGGAACUUGAUAUUGAAAGUAUCGAUACCACAUUGGCGAAUCUUGUUAAAGAGCGAUUGUCAUCUGUGCUACAAUCUGAUACAUUAAAAGAAGAUCUUCGCAAGGAGUAUGGGAAAGAUACUGCUUCUGUGGUUAGUGCACAGUAUCAUCAUGGUACUGGAAUUAGCACACUACCACCAGAUUUACCACGUCAUACUCUUUUUGGCACCUCUACACUCACGGAACACCUUUCGGGACUUCAGUUUGAACUAAGUCCCACCUCAUUCUUUCAGGUAAAUACACCAGGGAUGGAGUUACUACUACGUGAAACGGUGGCCCUGGCAGAACUUACACCGUCAACAACACUCCUUGAUCUUUGUUGUGGCACAGGAACUAUAGGAAUUACACUAGCCAGGUACGUGAAACGUGUGAUUGGAAUUGAAUUAGUGGAGUCGGCAGUACGGGAUGCAAAGUUGAACAGUGAACGUAAUAAUGUAAACAACACUACAUUUUACUGCGGUCGUGUGGAACAGCUUUUGCCCGAUAUCCUUAAUGCGUUGCCGAAUGAGGAUAAAAAAGAUAUUGUGGUUAUUUUAGAUCCUCCUCGUGCUGGUGUAACUCCAACUGUGUUGAAGUGGAUACGUGGAACUCCCACCAUUCGGCGUGUUGUGUACAUCUCAUGUGAACAAAAGGCACUGGAGCGGGACUGUCCUGCACUGACGAAGCCUUCCACAAAGGCAUACCGUGGAAUGCCGUUUGAUGUGACGGCAGCCUUCGCCGUGGAUCUUUUUCCACACACACCACACGUAGAGAUGGUGGCUGUGCUGGUACGCCGUGAAGAAGAAGAAGAAGAAGAAAAAGAAAAAGAAAAAGAAGGAAAAGAGAACAACAACACUAAUGAAUGA